CCGCUUGAGUCCAGCUCUUUUUUGAAAUUCAGUUAAAAUCCAUUAUAUAAACCAACUCUCCUCCUCACUGAUUAUUCUAUCUUCCUCGUCUCAUUUCUCAGUCUUCCCCGCUUCUUUUUAAUUUUCUUUCAGGCCUCCAUUUCCGACGGAAAAGGCAAAAAAAAAUGCAAUUCCAAACCCUAAUAGCUCGCCCUUCUCACAUCCCUCUCUUCCAAAACCCCACUCAAAGACCACUCUCUCUUUUCCCUCGCUUUCAUGCCCCUUUUUUUCCUUCUAAUUUGUCGCUCACUUCGACCUCCAAAAGUCGUCGAAAUCGGAUAAUAACCGCUUGCAUUAGCCCUGCCGAAGAGCUCAUCGACAAUGACCCCGAAAUCUCGGGCGAAAACGAUGGCGGUAUCGUUUCGGUUUCGGAAAAGGUGUUGGGGCUUGUGGAGGUAAAGGAAUCGGGGAGUGAAGAGAGACAGAGUAUAUGGAAUCAGAUGAAGGAGAUUGUGAAGUUCACUGGGCCCGCCACGGGGCUCUGGAUUUGCGGGCCCUUGAUGAGUCUGAUUGACACCGUGGUGAUCGGUCAGGGUAGCUCCAUUGAGCUCGCUGCUUUAGGCCCGGCAACGGUUAUGUGCGAUAAUUUGAGUUAUGUGUUCAUGUUCCUUUCGAUUGCUACUUCGAAUAUGGUUGCUACUUCCCUUGCCAGAAAGGAUAAAAAUGAAGUGCAGCAUCACAUAUCUAACUUGCUCUUUAUUGGGUUCACUUGUGGCUGCUUGAUGCUUUUGUUUACGAAGUUCUUUGGUUCAUGGGCACUGACUGCUUUUACUGGAUCAAAGAACGCACAUGUUGUACCUGCAGCAAACACAUAUGUUCAGAUUCGAGGAUUAGCAUGGCCUGCAAUUCUCAUUGGAUGGGUUGCUCAAAGUGCAAGUCUCGGCAUGAAAGAUUCUUGGGGACCUUUAAAGGCUUUGGUGGUUGCCAGUGUUGUAAAUGCCAUUGGUGAUAUAGUCCUGUGCAGCUUCUUAGGCUAUGGUAUUGCUGGUGCAGCAUGGGCUACAAUGGUUUCUCAGGUUAUUGCAGGUUAUAUGAUGAUUGAAACUCUGAACAAGAAAGGAUACAACGCUUUUGCUAUCUCUGUUCCAUCACCACAUGAACUUUUAACUGUAGUUGGGCUUGCUGCUCCAGUGUUUGUAACAAUGAUGUCAAAGGUGGCUUUCUUUUCCCUCCUUACAUAUUUUGCCACAUCUGCGGGCACACACACCAUGGCCGCUCAUCAGGUCAUGGUUCAAACGUUCUUGACGUGUACAGUAUGGGGUGAACCUCUAUCUCAGACCGCACAAUCAUUUAUGCCAGAGUUAAUAUAUGGAUCCCGUCGAAAUUUGGAAAAGGCUCAAAUGCUGCUAAAGUCACUUGUCAUCAUUGGAGCAAUACUUGGGUUGCUAUUAGGGAUUGUUGGAACAUGUCUUCCUUGGUUGUUCCCCAAAAUCUUUACACAUGAUCAGAAUGUCAUACAGGAGAUGCACAAGGUUCUCAUUCCAUUCUUUCUUGCAUUAGCUGUCACACCCCCAACUCUCAGCCUUGAGGGAACAUUGCUGGCUGGACGGGAUCUUAAAUUUAUUAGCUUAUCAAUGACCGGAUGCUUUUCUAUGGGUGCUCUACUCCUACUGCUUGUAAGCAGUAGAGGAUAUGGUUUGCCUGGCUGCUGGUUCGGACUUGUAGCAUUUCAAUGGGCUCGAUUUUUCCUAUCUCUUCGGCGCCUUCUUUCUCCGCAUGGCGUACUUUACUCUGACGAUUUGAGUGUGUCUAACUUGGAAAAGCUGAGAGCUACCUAGUUUAGGAACCCACAUGAACACAUACGAAAAUCAAUUUAGCAAGAAUCCAAUUCAUUAUUCUAUGAAUUACCCACACAAAAAAAAGAAAAGAAAAAAAGAAUGAGUAUCACAUAUUGCCCUUGUGGCCAAACAUUAAAUUGUCAUGCUGUGCCUCAAUGAUGCUAAAAGCAAAAGCAAUGUAUGUCUCAAGCUGUGAUAUGUAUUACACCACAGCCAGGAGUUGCUUGCUUGUUAGUUAGUUGUAUUUUUCUGUAUCUUACAAGAAAGAACUCUGUGCCACUUGAAAAUUAAUUGAAGUUGGUUGUUUUAUUCAUGGAA